UGCAAGACAAUGGAAAUACAACUAUUUCUUUAUUUGUAGAUGAUCAACAAAAAUAUAAUUACAAAAGUUAUUUUGUCUCAUUUCAGCACGCUUGGGAACUGUGUCAUCAUGAACUUGAUAAUGGGCGCUUGUUUCAGUUAAAGAAUGACUGCAUUCAAGUCGAAAUUUCUGAAGAAACUAAAAUGAAGUACCUAAUACCAACAACCUAUGGACCUGGAGUUAUCACCACUGGAUUAAUUGAUCAUCUUGUCAUUAGUCAUAACAAGUUCAUUAGACUUUGCCGCAAAUUUGUAGAAGAUUCACUUAAAAAAAAUUGGCUGUGGCAAAGCCCAAAAGUGCCAUUGCAAGAGUUAAACUCUAAGCAUUUUGUGAAGUGUUCUGAUGAAUUUGUCAAGCUAGUCCAAUCUCAUAGUGUAUAUGUAACCUCUAAUGGAAAUGUUAAAAUUCAAAUAAAUGAUUUUGAAAUCAUUGAAAGAGAUUUUGUUCAGGAAUUUGCAUUAGGAAAACCAAUCAUAACCCAUGUCUUAGAUAUUCCUCAGGUCAUAUGGAAGCGUCCUGUUCACAAUACACAAAUUAUUACAGCUGUUAAAAAGAAUAUUCCUCAACAAGCACUGCCUCCUCAAGUCCGGUCAGGGAUUCUGAUGGAUCUCAAAGAUAACUUAGCAGAGAUGACAGAUAUAUGUGAAAUAAUUGAGACGGUAAUGAGGUUCCUUCAAAUCAAAAAAGAACCAGCAAAAAAGAAAUUAAAAGAAUAUGUAGAGAAUGAUUUGAUUAUUGUUGGUAAACUAAGAAGUGAAAAGGUUACUGAUUUCUGCUGCUUAGAGCAUGUUGUGCCAUUGUGGAGGUUUUUGAAUGCUGAACGUGCUAAAUAUAGAGUUCGAAAUGAAGAGGAUCCAUUCACUGUUAAACAAGAAUUUAUGGAAGAACUAGAUGAUGAACAAAAAUUGUCCCUUGAAAUGGCAAUCAGUAAAAUGACUAACAUAGAUAACAUGUUAGAAGUGAUUUAUGAGAUGAUACAGACCUAUGUACAAACAUGUAAUCUGGAAGACAAGCAUAAGCAUUUGAGAGUAGUCUUGUUUGACUAUGUGCAUCAAACCAAAUCUGAGCCCAUUUCUCACCUUAUGGAGUUCUUUCCUCCUGAUAUUAAGCUUAGUCAAGUUGUCUGUACAUGGAAGGAAAUAGUUCGUCUUCAAGAUGCAACAAAGAAAAAGAUUCGUUAACUUUUACAUAUAAUUAAUUAUAGGCCUUAUUAGUGUUAUUA